AUGAUUCAUCAGAUGGCACCAUGGGUGCCAACUUUCAUCCAGUCAACGAAGAACAACACACAGCCAUUUCUACCAUUCCAAUUAGCUACUAUUGAUAAGAAGGGACAAAAGCCGCGGUGCAGGACGGUGGUAUUCCGCGACUUCCUCUUCAAAGACAAGAGAACCAACAUUUUGACCUUUAACACGGAUAUAAGAAGUGGGAAGAUCGGAGAGUCAUUUGGCGGUAACUUGAGCAACUCAACACCUGUGGAAGCGUGUUUCUAUUUCCCGGAGACCAUGGAACAGUACAGAUUCAGCGGAGAGUGUUUUAUCGUCUCAGAAAAGCAGUUGAAUGUGCCACCUGAGCUGACUCGCCGCUACGGCAUACUGUCUCCAAGCGUGUGCGGCCACCACAAGGAAGAUCUCUACCAAUACGAAGCCGAGCUUGACGAGGAGGAAGAGGCCAGACAGAACAACUCGCACAGCGCAAGGAACAGCAAGGUACAGGAAAGCGAGCCGGCCAAGACGCAGAGCAACCGCUUGUUAGAGCCAACCGAUUUCCAGCCUCCCACCACAAAAGAAUGGAACAUGGAAGUAAGAAGGCAAUGGCAUUCCAUAUCCAGAACGUCCAGGUCCCAGUACCGCAAGCCGGAGCCGGGGAAGCCCAUCACUUGCGAGACCAGCAAGCAGCUCGAUAAGAUCCAGAGAGGCGUCGACGGCACGAGCGAAAACGCUGGCCUGGAUAAUUUCGCUGUUGUCUGUCUUUGUAUCGAACAGGUUGACUACCUAAACCUAAAAGGUGGCAGCGGUGGAGAAAGGGCAAUCUUUUCAAGAGUCACCGACGAGCACAAUGUAAAUAUUGAGUGCUGGGAUGAGGAACAUGUUUGCCCUUGA